CUGCACACGGUAUUCCACAUCUGGAAGCCCUACUAGCGAAAAGAUGCAGAUGGCCAGCCAUGCGGCAUGGGGCCUGGUCAUCCAGACCAGCCAUCGCUAAAUUGGCGGAAGCAUGGCAUGGCGGCCCACCCUUCACAUCAUGCACACUGGCUGUGGUGCUUGUUGUUCAGCCGCGUGGAUUGUUGACGAGGCGGUUGUAUUUAGCAACAAACUCCGCCUCCUUGGAGGGGUUUUUUUUUUAUUCUCCUGGGAAGUCGAUCCGGAAGGUCGAGCAAUCACUGCGUCACUGUAUGGGGGUCUCGAUGCGCUAUGCUCCAGUAUUACUGCAAAUUUUUCAAUCGAUAGCGGAAGGCUAUGCAUAUCGCUCUUCUCGCUGUGCUUGCGCUGUGCUCGAGUUGUGCCUCCGUUUCGUGUUUCGCUAUGCUGGGCGUGGCGAUUCCCAGCGGACAUGUCCGGAACCUGUCUUUUCGUCUCGGGACCUUGCAGAACAUGUUCCACUUCACCUGCCACCCGUGGCCACUCAUCUGUCAACAGAUGGCGCUAGAUGGCUUGUUUGUUUUGCUCCCACGCUCCGUUUCCAUCUCGACGGCAAUGUUUGCAUGGUUGCGUGCCCCCAAGCCGUACCGCUGGGCAUGCAUGUACCAGCCUCACCCGAUGCAUGA